UUUGUCAGUUAUUGUUUUUCUCUGCCUUUAUUCAGCUGCCUUCUAAAUACCACUUGUUUCCUUCUUCCUUUGUAUAAGCUGUGUAGCCAUAGAUGGUUAUUCACUUGUAGCUUCAAUUCCAUAAUUCAAUUUUAAUUUUCUUGAAAACAAAUAAUCAGUUGCAGCUCUAAUUUGCUGAGGAGUUUCUUCAUAUUUAUGAACAGUCGAUGAACAUGAGUUCUCCGUCAACUCAAUUUGCCCCCGCAAGGAUGGGGAUAUUCGAACCUUUCCACCAUAUGAGUAUGUGGGAAGACACAUUUAGAGGUGAAAUUAUGCCCAACGCUGGUGCUAUGGUCACACCGCCAAAUGACAGGGCAGAUGACAAGUCUGGAUAUACUUCUAGUGAACAACUUAUACCCUCGGGAUCUGAGGAUAAUCAAGCAGGAAAGAGUAUUUCAGACAAGGUACAACGGCGUCUAGCACAGAAUCGUGAAGCUGCACGUAAAAGCCGUAUGAGGAAAAAGGCUUAUGUUCAGCAGCUUGAAAAAAGCAAUUUGAAACUAGCACAACUUGAAAUGGAACUUGAGAGAGCUCGACAGCAGGUCAGUGAAAUUCUCUCCUGCGCAUUUCUAACUUGUAUAGAUACACUUCAUAUCCCACUCACAUCAUGUAAUGAAUUAUUGCAGGGACUGUACAUUUUUGGUUCAAAUGGUAAUGCGGGGAUAAGUUCAACAAUUAAUCCAGGAAUAGCUGCAUUUGAAAUGGAAUAUAGCCAGUGGGUUGAAGAGCAACAAAAAAAGAACGUAGAGUUGAGGAACAUUUUGCAAUCCCAUGUAAGCGAAAUGGAGCUCCAGCUGCUGGUAGAAACCGUCUUAAACCACUACUACAAUCUCUUCCGAAUGAAAGCUGAUGCUGCAAAAGCUGAUGUGUUUUACCUGAUGUCUGGGAUGUGGAGAACAUCAGUCGAGCGCUUUUUCCUCUGGAUUGGAGGAUUCAAGCCAUCUGAACUCAUAAAUGUGGUGAUGCCACAACUUGAGCCAUUAUCCGAUCAGCAGAUCGUGAAAAUCUGUAAUCUGCGACACUGUUGUCAGCAAGCCGAGGAUGCUCUCACUCAGGGAAUGGAUAAACUUCAGCAGAAUCUGGCACAGAACAUCCUAACUAUGACUACCGGAAUGGGAAGUUACAGUUCUCAGAUGGUUUCUAGUAUGGAAAAGUUAGAAGCACUCGAGAGUUUUGUUAACCAGGCAGAUCACCUCCGGCACCAAACACUACAACAAAUGUCACUUAUCCUGACUACACGCCAAUCAGCCAGGGGGUUACUCGCUUUUGGGGAGUAUCUUCAACGUCUUCGUGCUCUAAGUUCGCUUUGGGCUGCCCGUCCUCGUGAACCUACCUAGCCUGUUAUAAUGACAAAACAUAUGAAGAUAACUAGCUUUCUUUAGUAGCAGCUGGUUAUGCCUGGACGAGUUGUAUAUGGAAAACCUAAUCAAAGUCUUGUCUAGAUUGAUAUAGUUUUCAUAAUAUGAAAUAUAUAUGAUUCAGGUAACAUGGAAAGUUUUAAGAAUUUAUGUAUAUAGGAAGAACU